AUCUUAUUUUGAAGGAUCCUCCGGAAGCUGUGAGGUAGUGACGCAGGCCUGAUGGUGCUGAUGGAGCUGAUGGUGCUGAGGACAGAGCAUCCUCCCACAGGCGGUGUGUCGGUGUGAAGUCUGGACUCAGACUGUUCCUGGUCUCUGAUGUGGAUCCGUUACCGUGAGUCCAGACCGGUAACCCCCCGUCUCAGGCUGCCGGGUCCCCCCUGAGCUCAGCCAUGGUGGAUUUAUCCGGGACUGCUGCAGGGUCACCCGGACCCCCCAGGCACGGACCGGGCUCCGGCUGCACCGGGAAGAGGACCUCGAAGAAGUCCCGGACCCGGAGGGGGAAGCGAGGCCGGAGGAGACGUAACAAAAAGAACACCCGGAACUAUAAAACACCUCCACCGUGUUUCCCCCCGGAGGCUGAAGAAGGAAACAUCGAGUACAAGUUGAAGCUGGUGAACCCCACUCAGUAUCGCUUCGAACAUCUGGCCACGCAGCUGAAGUGGCGUCUGCAGGAGGGCCGCGGCGAGGCCGUCUAUCAGAUCGGAGUGGAGGACAACGGCCUGCUGGUCGGUCUGACCGAGGCCGACAUGAGGGCCUCGCUCAAGACCUUAAAGAGGAUGGCAGAGAAAGUCGGUGCCGACAUCACGCUCCUCAGAGAGAGGGAGGUGGACCACGACUCGGACAGAAACACUCGAAAAAUCGCAGAAGUCCUGGUUCGAAAAGUUCCCGAUGAUCAGCAGUUCUUGGAUCUGAGGGUGGCGGUUCUUGGGAAUGUGGAUUCUGGGAAGUCGACCCUGCUGGGCGUCCUGACGCAGGGAGAGCUGGAUAACGGCCGAGGCCGAGCGCGACUCAACCUCUUCAGACAUCUGCACGAGAUCCAAACCGGACGAACCUCCAGCAUCAGCUUCGAGAUCCUCGGCUUCAACAGCAAAGGAGAGGUGGUGAACUACAGCGAGUCCAGGACAGCCGAGGAGAUCUGCGAGAGCUCCUCUAAGAUGAUCACCUUCAUCGAUCUGGCGGGACACCACAAGUACCUGAAGACCACCAUCUUCGGCCUGACCAGCUACUGCCCCGACUUCGCCAUGCUGGUGGUGAGCGCCAACACGGGCAUCGCCGGUACGACCCGGGAGCACCUGGGCCUGGCCAUGGCGCUGAAAGUUCCCAUCUUCAUCGUGGUCAGUAAAGUGGACCUGUGCUCACGCGGCACCGUGGACCGGACUGUCCGUCAGCUGGAGCGACUCCUGAAGCAACCCGGCUGCAACAAGGUUCCCAUGGUGAUAUCCAACCCUGACGACGCCGUGACGGCAGCGCAGCAGUUCACUCAGUCCGCGUGCAUCACGCCUAUCUUCACCCUGUCCAGUGUGUCUGGAGAGAGUCUGGACCUGCUGAAGGUUUUCCUGAACAUCCUCCCUCCUCUGAGCAACAGCAAGGAGCAGGAGGAGCUGAUGCAGCAGCUCACUGAGUUCCAGGUGGAUGAGAUCUACUCUGUUCCUGAUGUGGGGACCGUGGUGGGUGGAACUCUGUACAGCGGAGUGUGUCGUGAGGGCGAGCGGCUGGUGGUCGGGCCCACAGAUGAGGGUCGUUUCCUGCGUCUGAAGGUGGGCAGCAUCCAGAGGAACCGCUCGGCCUGCAGGGUGCUGAGGGCCGGACAGGCCGCCACACUCGCUUUGGGGAACUUUGACCGCUCGCUGCUACGCAAGGGCAUGGUGAUGGUCAGUCCCAAGAUGAACCCCACCAUCUGCUGUCAGUUUGAAGCCGCCAUCGUGCUCCUCUUCCACGCCAAGACCUUCCGCAGAGGGUCACAGGUCACCGUGCACGUGGGCAACGUGCGGCAGACGGCCAUCGUGGAGUGCCUUCACGGGAAGGAGGAGCUGCGUACGGGCGAGAGAGCCGUGGUCCGCUUCCGCUUCAUCAAACACCCGGAGUACCUGCGGCUGGGCGCCAAGCUGCUCUUCAGGGAGGGCGUCACCAAAGGCAUCGGACACGUCGCCCGCCUGAUGCCCCCCUCCCAGAACCACGACCAGAACCAGAACCACGACCAGAACCUGCAGGAGCACUAGAGGCCUCCUCCCUCAGACGUCAUCGGGGGUUUACUCCCUGAAUUAAUCCGCCCGUCCUGGAUCUACACCUCUGCCCCCCUUCACUCCAGCUGUGAUGUCAGAGCGCCCAUCAGCAUCAUCUUCCUCCCUGCAGGCGUUCGUGUCUCCAGAAGGGGGCCGGCUGACCUCGUGGACUUAAGCCUGGACGGUUAAUCUGAGGCGGCGCCGCAGUUUGCCGUGAGAAGACAGCGGGAUUAUUUUGGGGGUGGGGGGAUUGGAGGAAUGGUUGGAUGUGACCCUGGAUCUCUGCUGCUCAGGGAGGAUUGACCCCUCAGUCCGCCCCCCCUCCUCAUCAUCAGAUCUCCACACGCUCACGCCCAACGUGACAUUUGAAGAGGGGGAUUAUGUGGAGGAGGACUCUUAGUCUGAGUCCGCUCAUCAAACACACGACCCUCAGAACACGCUCCGCUCACACGACACUGCUGCAUGGUUUCAAGGAGUACGGUGAGCGCCGAGGGUCAAACCGUGUCGACAUACAGAGAGAGGAGAGGGAGGGGAAACAUGUUGAAUGUGACGAUCUCAGACGAUCAAGUCUUUAAGUUGGUCCAGGAAAAAGAAGUGAUCAAAUCCCAAAGUUCAAAUGUUUUAUUUUAAUUUCACUGAGGAAUUAAAAAAAGCAGAAGACCCUGAACGCAUCGCAGGGUUUCAGAUUAUUAAAUAUUUCCACGUAAAAUUCUAAUUCUUUAUUUAUGAUUAAACUUAUUUCUAUUUCACAAACAAAUUCAAAAUUUGACCUGAAAAAAAAUUCUUCAAUUUUUUAAUUUAUUAUAUUUUUUGUUUUGUUUUAUCUGCAGAAAAAUAAUUAAGGAUUGUAAUUUUUUUAAAAUCAAGAUUUAUUUUUUUUCCUACAAAAACAAAGUCAGGACAUUUAUUAUAAUACUGAUUUCUAUUUAUUUUAAGUAGAAUACAUUUUUUCCAUUUGAUUCAGAAUUUUUUAACAUUUUUAAUAUCAAAUUGUCAAUAUUUAAUUUUUUAAUACAAAAAAACAGAAUCUGACUAAAUCUUUAAAUUCUGACAUCAUCCUUUAUUUAUCAAACUUUCUUUUCUUUUAUUCAACUUUUUUCUCAAAUUAUCCUCUGAAAUUAAUUUUUUUUAAUGAGAAAAUUUUGCUUUUAUUUCAGAACUCUAAAUUUUUGAAUAUUCUAACAUCAAAUUCUCAUUGUUUAAUUAGAAGUCACAUUUUUUUCUUUGAAUAUAAAAGAAACAGAAUCUGAUUAAAUCUUGAAUUCUGACUUCAUCUUUUAUUUUUAUUAAAUUUUUUAAUCAACUCUUAGAAUUAAAAAAAAUUCUGAAAUUAUUUUAGAUUUUUUUUAAUUGAGAGAAAAUUGCUUUUAGUUCAGAAAUCUAAAUUUUUUAAUAUUCUAAUUUUAAUUAUUUAAUUGAAAGUUUCCUUUUUUAUUUAAUACAAAAGAACAAAAGCUUAUUUGAAUCAGAUGUUAAAAAAUCUGCAUUUUUCUUAAUUAAUGAGAUAAUUUAUCACAAAUUUUUUUUUUUGUAAAAAUCAUUUUUUUAAUUUAAUGUAUUUUUUUUCUUAUUAUUAUUUUAAUUUUCUGAGAACGUUCCUUUUAAUUUCCGAGUUCUGGAUUGUUGUUAACAUCAGUUUAAUAUUGAAUUAAUAUUUUUCUGUCCUUCACAUGAAGACGGUUUCCUGAGUUUGAUCUGAGCUCAGACCUGAUCCUCACAGGUCUAAUCCUUGAACCGGUCUGACAGGAUCACACAGGUUGAGUUUUUAGGCUCCUGAUGAAACCAGCAGCUUGUUCUGUUUUUGUUCUUUUGCACUUUAUUCACUUUAAUCUUCCCCCUGACAGAAAACUCACUCCCCAACUUGGACUCCUUAAAAAAACUACAAAGAUGGAGUCUGACUGAGACCGGGUGGCCUCUCAGAUCCAUGAAUGGUGGUACCUGCAGUUAUUGGAGGAACGCUUCCAGCCUUACACUCGGCCUGCUUCUCUUCGUCUUUCCAACUCUUUGAACUUGUAAAUUCGGCGUCUCCAGCUCGCCGCUCUGACGCCGACACGUUUGCAUCCCGGGGCCCGGUUUGUCCUGAAGACCGGCUCAUGUUUAGUGAUGAUGAUAUAUAAAGUUUGUAGGUUUGAUGUGACGGGCAGCUUUCUGAAAACAUGACCUGCAUGCUCUCUGACUGAAACUCUGAAGCGUGUUUUUACUUUACGAGGUUCUGUGCAAUCCUUCUCCUUAAUAUCGAAUGUACUCUCCAUGGAUCCUGUUACUGUUCCAAUGGAGCUCGUGUUGACUUUGCACUUUGUAUUCUGACUCUGCAUGUGUGUGAGUGUGUGUGUGUGUGAGUGUGUGUGUGUGUGUGUGUUGAGGACCGUUUGAGCCUUCCUGACCGUCCCUCUCGCUAAUAAAUCCUCUGAAACACGC